UGUGUUUUUACCCAGUGUGCCUUAUUCUAACCACCGCCAUCUCCGGCGGGGGCCGCCGCGCCGCGCCGCCGGCUCGGGCCUGGCCCUCCGCGCCGCGCGCAGGGGGAGCGGCGCGGGGCAGCGAGCGGCGGUCGCCGGGCAGCGCCGGCACCGACCGACACGGACACAGCCGCGGCCCCGCCGUCCGCCCGGCCCCUCCCCCGCCCGCCGGGCCUCCGGCGCCGCGGGGCGCGCCGGGCUGCCCGCCGGCCUCCCGCACCGCGCCCGCCCGCACCGCAUCGGCCCGGCCCUCGGGGGGCCCUGGGCGCGCGCUCACACACACACACACAUAUAUGCACGCGCGCGCGGCCCCGGACGCGGGGGCGCCCGUUGGCCGCUGCGUCACGGGCGGGGGCUGCCGGCGGGGCGGGGGGGCUGCUGCCGCGUUCCCUGCCCCGCUCCCGCCCAGCGACGCCCGGCCCUCCCGGGCGUACACUUGGGUGUAAUUUAAGUUUGAAUACCUUUUCCAAAAAAAAAAAAAAAAAAAAUCUGGUGUUUCUAUUUUGGCGGAGGGUCAACUUGCAAAGCGGCAUCAAAACAAUCGUCUUCAGAGCUCUCUCGGCCUAAUGCGCGGCUUGACACGCGCGAUUGAGAAGGAAUAAUUCACUGUUCUUGCGCGAAGUUGUUUAUUUUUAACGUUGCUGUAUUGUAGCACCGUGAGCGCGGCUGUUGCCGUGCUAACACAGGAGAAGGUCCUUGCAUGGAGCUUGUGAAAUGGGCUAUUUUAGUUCAUCUCUUUCAACUCGGCACAAUACCGUGCAAAGUAAUUUUAAACGUUUUACAGCUUGCUCUCAUCGUUUCAUUUAGCACUUGCCUAGAACUUCUAAUAGAACAGGAGAAUGAGAAGUUACUCCUCUAUUACCUGCAGUAACGCAAAGAUUUUUUUUUCUUAAUUUUUCUCAUAAGGUCUCGUUUGCAGUACCUGUUCAUCAAGAAAAAAUGACAUGACUUUUCAUACAAGCUAAAUUUUCUGUGAAAACAAGCCUACAGUUGAGCAGCUCCUCUUACUUAUAGCAUCUUUUAAUAGUUUGCUUUGAACUACCGAAGAAUUAUAUUUGACGUUAUAUGCAGAGUGAUAUGACUAUGUUUAAGGAGUGUUAUUUCUCUUUCCAGUCAUACAUAAAUGUCAACCCUACAGUCUUUCAAAGAAAGCGUUUUGUCUUGUCACAGAGUUCUCGCAUGGUUCUGCAUUGGGUGUUGUAAAUCUGUAACGCUUUGAAGGACUACAUACCAGAUACUUCUGUCCUAGCUUCAAGGUGGGCAGUGUGGUUUCUUUGUCUCUUCUGUGCUGCAAGGAAAUCGGUGCACCUAGUAAAGAGGAAAUGAAUUGGAUAGCCUAUACCUGUGCCUUGUGCCGCAAAAGAUCAAAGGAAGGUUUCUGCUUAACUUGGGGAUCCCUAAGGUGGAUCGUGAUCCCAACAAAUGGAUCCUCUUCUGGAAUCUGAGAAUUCAGCCCUGAACUGCAAGUUCUUGUAAAUAGAGGUGUGCAUAUUGUUCUGUGGAUGAAGUGAGGAAUCUGAGAGAGGUGCCUGUCCAUGGACACCACGUUUCUGGGGAAGGAGGGUAAAGAAGCCUUAUGACCUGCCAUGGCACAAUGGGGUUUAUGGGGUUCUGCCUGUACCUUAGGUCUGUAACUUGAUCUGCUUUUAGUUGUAUUUACUUAAGGGAAAUACGGUUUUGGUCCUCUCAUUCUGUGCACCAGGAAUUGUUGAUCAGUUACAAGUGGAAUUGGACCAAAGUGAAUGCUAGCAGAUUUAGUCUGCUAAAAUUUUCUGGGUUACACUGUUUUUUAAAUUGUAUAGUUGGAUUGUACUUUGCUCCACCAAGAUAACACUUGUUAAAUAAACGAAGUUCUCGCUUUUUAAGGGAAUUUACAGUUCCAGCAAGUUCUGAAAUAUUCAGAGUCGACAUCAAAGUUACAAAUACUUAUUGCUUCUCUCAGUCUGUAUUGUCUGCUGAAUGUUUUCCUCUGUGAAUACUUCUUGAGGGGAAAACUGUUACCUGCUUAAUGCUUUUGGACUUGCCCGUAUCUUAAGUAUAUUCAUACUCAGCUAACGUGGUAUUACAGAGUUUCUUAGAAUGUAUUUAGACGUACUGUUUUUCAAUUUACAUUUGUAAUUGUUCUUUUUUUGCAAUUCAGUGUAAAGGUCUGCAAUUCAGUAGGCUGUCCAUUUAGUUCCUGAAAUACAAUUACAGACUAAAACACUGCUGUUAACUGUCAUAGCUAAUACUGAUACAUCUGUAAUAUAGUUAGAUUACUAAUUAACUCAUAACCACACAAAACAACCCACUCAAAAUUCCUGUUUUGUUGGCAUUCUGAGCAGAUUUGCAGGAUUUGAAGGGGAGCAGCCAGGUUUGUUUUGGUGAUGUAAAUUAGACACAUUUGUGAUUGCUUGACAAUUGAGAGUGUUAGAAGUCUGUUUGACAUUAAAUUAAAACAUUGCUAGAAAUAGCUAGUCUCAAUUGUUUUCAGAUUUUUAGCCCUGAAGUAUUCACCUAUUCAUCAAAUGUUCCUUGUUUUGUUUAAAACAUGCACCGAUAUAACCAGUGGUUUUAUGAUUUAAGUAGCCUCCUGAAAUGCUUCAGAAGUUAACUGUUUUAUUUUUACCUGCAGAGAGGCAUUACUGCUCUUAUCUAGGAAUAAUUUGAAUACAAUUCCGACAUGUCAUCUGGAUGCCUUCUUUAUAUAGCCAGUAUUUUUGUGUAUAUGUACCUGAUGGUAAGAAACAAAUCCCAAAAGCCUGUAGUUUUGAAAAACACGUAGGUUCAUCGGUUAAGCACUUUAAAUCUGUUUCUCACUUUCUAAUUGCCAGAGGGAAGAGCCAUGUGGAAUGGAAUCUAGAGCUUUAUCUCACUGACAUGUGCUGAAAAAUUAUUUAGUUUUGUUGGUUUUGCUUGUCUGCUUUGUUUGUUUGUUUGUAUUUUUUUUUUUCAGCUUUGUUAAUCACAUCCUCAGUUUUUCAAGUACAAAACAUAAAAUCAGAUAACGUACCAUAGGGUCAGCUUUUUUCCGAUCUUAGGCCCAACAUUCAGUUUCUGAGCAUGCAUACUUUCUUAACUAUUAAAACAAAGUAAUCUAUUACCAUUCUGUCUGCAAUAAAGAAAUUGAAUUUUUUUAUAAAAGAAGGUAUGUCUGAGCAUUGAUAAUAGAGGUUUGGCUGGGAGAGAAGAAAUGUAUCUUAACUUCGAGCAUGGAAGACUGAGUUCAGAGAAACGUGCUGGCUUUGUUUUGAUAGGUGAGUUCACAUUAUUCCUGUUGCAAUACUCUUGCAAGCCAUUCUGUGCAUGCACACGGUACACAGGUGUUUUCAGUCAGUUGAAUUUGAUGUUUUGGUACAGGUUAUAUGGCACUUUCUCAUGCUAAAUCUAUAUGGCAGUGUACUAAGAAUAACUGGCUCAUUAGUGCAUUCAUCGUUGAGCAGGUGCAUAAGUAUACUUUUUUGUACUUUAAUAAAGCUUUAAUUUCUGGUCUCUGUACCUCUGCGAACGAUGCUGUAUGGACCUCAAUUGAUUGUUGCCUUCUGUUCAGGAUUUUUUUAAUUGGAUUUCUCAGAAAACUCCCAAAUCCCUUUCAGAUCUCUGGCUCAGAAGGCCGUGCUGGUCAUUCGGGUAGUUGCUUAGAAGCAGUGCUGUUUCAAUAGUGCUGUCCAAGGGCUAUAUAUGACCUUUGAACUAAGCAUUUGCAGGUAGACAAUGUUAUUAGCUCAGAUAAAUCGAGACUCUCAGGGAAUGACUGAAUUUUCUGGAGGAGGAAUGGAGGCCCAGCAUGUGACUCUUUGUCUAACAGAAGCUGUAGCUGUGCAAGAUGGCGACAACUUGGAAAACAUGGAAGGUGUAAGUUUGCAAGCAGUUACCCUUGCUGAUGGCUCCACUGCUUACAUACAGCACAAUUCUAAAGAUGGUAAAUUAAUGGAUGGCCAGGUGAUUCAAUUAGAAGAUGGUUCUGCAGCUUACGUUCAACAUGUACCAAUGCCUAAAAGCAGGGACAGCUUGCGCCUGGAAGAUGGACAAGCAGUUCAGCUGGAAGAUGGAACUACGGCAUUUAUUCAUCACACCUCGAAAGAUAGUUACGACCAGAGUGCAUUACAAGCAGUCCAGCUGGAGGAUGGAACUACUGCCUACAUUCACCACACAGUGCAGAUGCCACAGUCAGAUACCAUUUUAGCCAUUCAAGCUGAUGGCACAGUGGCAGGUCUUCAUACAGGAGAUGCUGCCAUUGACCCAGAUACCAUCAGUGCUUUGGAGCAAUAUGCAGCCAAGGUGUCUAUUGAUGGAAAUGACAGUGUUAGUGGCACAGGAAUGAUAGGUGAAAAUGAACAAGAUAAAAAAAUGCAGAUUGUCUUGCAGGGACAUGGAACAAGAGUGAAUGCAAAAUCUCAGCAGAGUGGAGAGAAAGCCUUUCGCUGUGAUUAUGAUGGCUGUGGAAAACUGUACACAACAGCUCACCAUCUUAAGGUGCAUGAAAGGUCACACACAGGAGACAGACCGUAUCAGUGUGAACAUCCUGGAUGUGGCAAAGCUUUUGCAACAGGGUAUGGGUUAAAAAGUCAUGUCCGAACACACACGGGUGAAAAGCCUUAUCGAUGCACAGAAGAAAAUUGCACUAAAUCAUUCAAGACUUCAGGAGACCUGCAGAAACAUAUCCGAACCCACACAGGUGAAAGGCCCUUUAAGUGUCCAUUUGAAGGAUGUGGCAGGUCGUUUACAACAUCUAAUAUUAGAAAGGUUCAUAUCAGGACACAUACAGGCGAAAGGCCUUAUUACUGUACAGAGCCAGGAUGUGGGAGAGCUUUUGCCAGUGCAACUAAUUAUAAGAAUCAUGUGAGAAUACACACAGGGGAGAAGCCCUAUGUCUGUACAGUUCCUGGUUGUGAUAAACGUUUUACAGAGUAUUCCAGUUUAUACAAACAUCAUGUUGUACAUACUCAUUCCAAACCAUAUAACUGUAAUCACUGCGGGAAAACAUACAAGCAGAUUUCUACACUUGCUAUGCACAAGCGGACAGCACACAAUGACACAGAGCCCAUUGAAGAAGAACAAGAGGCUUUUUUUGAACCACCCCCAGGUCAAGGUGAAGAUGUUCUCAAAGGCUCCCAGAUAACCUAUGUGACAGGUGUAGAGGGAGAAGAUGUAAUUUCUGCACAGGUUGCUACAGUUACUCAGUCAGGAUUAGGUCAACAAGUAGCACUAAUAUCCCAGGAUGGAACCCAACAUGUCAACAUAUCCCAGGCAGAUAUGCAGGCCAUUGGCAAUACUAUCACUAUGGUAACACAAGAUGGCACCACCAUCACAGUCCCUGCCCACGAUGCUGUCAUCUCUUCUGCAGGAACACAUUCCGUAGCAAUGGUUACUGCAGAAGGCACUGAAGGACAGCAGGUUGCUAUUGUGGCUCAGGAUUUAGCAGCAUUUCAUAGUGCCUCAUCAGAAAUGGGACAUCAGCAGCACGGACACCAUUUAGUGACUACAGAAACUAGACCUGUUACAUUGUUGGCUACAUCCAAUGGAACACAAAUUGCAGUACAGCUUGGAGAACAGCAGUCUCUGGAAGAAGCCAUUAGAAUAGCCUCCAGAAUACAACAGGGUGAAACACCAGGGAUUGAUGAUUAACUUCUAAAACUGCUACCAGAACAAUAGAGUGAAAGGUAUUUUAUUUUCAAUCAACAAAGGUCCAUGCCAGCAGCAACGCAUAAAAAACUUUGAAGUUCCCCGCUCACUGAUACUGUGUACACAUUUUAUGCAAGAGCGAAGAACGUUUUGUAAGUUUUGUGUACAUAACCCUUGGAAUGGACUGACAUAAUCUACUUUCAACUGUUGUAUAUUCAGGAAUAUGGAUUUAGGAUUAUAUAGUAAAUUUCCUUGUUAUCCUUUCAUCAGAUUUCAGACUGGUCUACAAGCAAAUGAAAAAUUAAAUAGAAGUAUUGGAAUUAAUUUUUAAUGUCAUGUGCAAAUAAUGAAGGCAUUACGGAAGAUUUCAAAUUUUUAAAAUACUAUUAAAUAUCUUAAUUUCAGGAACCCUUACAAGUAAUAAAGAUGACAAAGCCUUUUAAAUUGCAUUCCAUAAAUGAAGAAGUCUUGGAUUUUGAGCCUACUGUAAAUCUUCGUAUUUUGAUUUGUUUCACACAGAUUUGAGUAUUCUUUAGAUUACCCCCUCCGUCUCAUUAUUGUAAAUACAGACUGUUAAUGCUGGAAGUGCUAAUUAUAUAAUGUUUAAAUUGGAUUAUGUACAAAGGAGAAACUUUGGUUGUUCAAUAUUAAAGGAAGUAAAUCUAAUGAUUUUGUUUCUUUACAUAUUUUACUUAAGAUGUUACUGUCAAAUUAUUAUGCAAUAAAAUAUAGCAAGAUUGUAUUGUCUAGAUAGGAUGAUAUUGUCAUGUGACAUACUGUUUUACUUUUUAAUAAGACUGAAGUUCACAUUAUUUAUUUAUGGCCUUGUAUAAAUUUUUCCAAAGUCUAUUUAUCAUAAACUUAAAUUUUUCACAUAUUAAUUUUAAACAUAACCCACUAUAGUGUAUUAAGUAAUUAGUGUUAAUAGUAAUUUUAAACAUUCUAAAACACUACAAGAAUGAUGAAAAUAGUAAUUAGUCAACAAAUCAUGACUGAAAAGUAAAUUACCUGUUUUCAAGAGGAAUAUUUUCAAAUGCUGCAUUUGCAGCAUAAGUACACGUACUAAUAGUCUAUUUUCAACAGUUCUGAGUGCCCGCUGCUACCAUUCAGUACCUAGGAUAUGCUGAUAAUCAGUGCUUUUGAAAAUCAGGACACAGGCUACUAGAAAAAAGGGAUUAAUUAAUGAUGAUGUAAGUACAAUGCUCCUCUCCACCUAUCAUUCUGUAAAGGAAAAAAAUCCAUUGUAGAUAUGUCUGUAACACAUAAAGUAAAAUGUAACUUGAAUUUUUUUUUUUUUUUUUUAAUAUGAAAAAGUGUCUUUACUCUUGUCUUGUUAGUAAGCUUGUUAAGCAAGUUAAAAUUUUUUGGCUUCAUGUAAGAUUCAGUGCUUAUUUUAGAUGAGUGUCAAGAGCACUUCUGAAACUGAAGCCUCACAUUUUACCUUCUCAAGGGAAGGAUUAAACAUCUUCUGAAUGAAGUGUUAAUCAAGUAAUCAUUUUAUAAAUAUUGAGAGGUACACAUUUUACAUAAAAAAUAAAGUCCAUCACUACGUACCAUGAGGUAUUUGACCUCAAAAAGGCCAAGUUUUAAUAAAGUGAAGUUAAUUUAUUGUGAAUUACUAUAUCAGUGUGAGUUGCAGCCUUUUACGUUUUUCAUACAGAUGCCAAACUGAAAAGUGCAGUGAAAGAAUACAGUACUGUGGGAUAGAUGUGGACAAAGCAAAGACUAUUCUCUGCAUCCAUUACAAAGUAAAACUUGGAAACAGUGAGAUUGUAACUUUUGUAUAGGAUUGAGGCUGCUUGCUCACUUAGGUGCCAGUUUUUCUGAAGUGUUGUAAUUCUUGAUAUCCGAUGGAGAUAAAUGUACUAUGCAAGGAGGAUUAAUUGCCUGUCAACUAGAUCAGUUUCUUAGUGCUUACACCUUUUAGAAAUUAAAGAUGUAUCAUUUGA